AAGAGCAACAAACUAUGCAGUCAGAACAAUUCUAAAGACGCAGCUAAGAGCACGCGUACGAAAUGUGCUCCUGAAUUCAUUUGACGGAAAAGCAGUGCACGUUGUGUUUAAAUUUCCCGCAAUCUCUUAUUUUAGUGAAGUGACAGUUUGAUUCGAACAAUAUUGCAAAUCGUUUGCUUGAAUUUUUUCUCGUUUGCUCCACCAAAAGAAUUUUUUAAUGUUCUAAAUGGAUACUAUGACGUGGGAGGAACCCCUGGCUCAUAGGAUGAAAGUCGAAAGAAAUUUGAACUUUUCGACGAUCACUAAUGAAGAAGAUGAUUACGAAUACCCUCGGAAGAAGACAGCUAGAGAUCCCAUGUCCCAUCGAAUAAUAGAGAAGCGGCGGCGGGACAGGAUGAAUAACUGUCUCGCCGACCUGAGUCGACUUGUUCCCACCAACUAUCUAAAAAAGGGCCGCGGCCGGAUAGAAAAAACUGAAAUCAUUGAAAUGGCUAUUAAACAUCUGAAGCAUCUUCAAAACCAUCCUUGUAAUGAUCCAAAUAACUGUGAAGUUGCUAGAACGACCGAAUCGGAUCACAAGAGACAAUAUAAGUCUGGUUACAGUGAAUGCUUGAAUGAGGCUGUUAAAUAUGUCUCAGACAACGAAGGAAUGUUCUCCUCAACUCUUGUUGGAAGAAUGUCUGAACAUCUUAUAAAACACUUUGAGAAAUUAGGAGGAGGAGGCCUGUUAUACACGAAAGCAUUGGGUAUUGUGUUACCAGAGGAUUCUAAACCAGCUAUUCAUAUGGAAGUAGACAACCAUUCUAACUCAUGCUAUCUACCGGAUCCCGUUAUAAAUCUACCACCUCACAAUGGUCACCCCUUCUCUUAUGAACAUCGGAAUUCGGAAGUUCCUGAAAUGAAGCAAGAAAUGGAGUUCAACGGCCAUCUUUCAUCUCCCCAAUCCCUUACGCCCAUCAAAGCAACCAGUCAGCUUCGUGAAAUGCUUCAAAAUCCUGGCGUACCCCUCAAAGACUCUCUAAAACCCAACCCCAGGAGCUGCAACGGUACUCCCGCACCAGUACCAUCACCCAUGUCCCAACCCGUAUCAGUAGUGGUCCCACCAGACCAUCAUAACGAGGUUCCUAAGCAAGAGGAAGGGUACUACAAAUUUAAGAACAAUAUUAAGCACAGGUUCAACAAUGACAUUCGACACCACACGUCUUCACCAACAGACAGCCAUCAUUCUGAUCGAAUGUCUCUUCCAGACGAAGAUCAUAAUAACAAUAAAUUACAUGUGCCAGAGCCUUAUCCCUUGCGUCCGUGCCAUCCGGCACAAUCACCGGAUGAAAGACUUGUGCCUAAUGGCUUGUGCAAUGGCAAUUCAAAUACAGGCCAUGCUUUCUCACCUUAUUCCAGUAACCGCUUAUCUUCUGAACUUACAGUCAAAAUACCUGAAAGGACUAUGCACCCAGAAAACGGCGCACUUCCUUCCUCUUACGGUACGCAACACUGGGACUCGCAAGCCGAAACUGCCAGCAGUUGUGGUUCAAAUCCCAGUCCUCCACCUAAUGCGAGUCGCUCAAAUGGCAGCAGUUCGGGCUACAGCACAAAUGGCGAAAACAACUCGAGUUCCAGUUUGCACAAACCUCAUAAUGGCACGCUUUCGCCGACAUUGUCACCCUAUUCCCGCACUCCAGACCGAUUGUCAAAUAGAUCUCCCAGCCCAAUUCAGAGCGGGGUGCCCAUUUUUGCUCUUCACCCUAAAGGUACAUUUUACAUUCCAUUGACAAUCGAAUCAUCAAUUUUAGUUCCUUACUUGGCUGGAGUUGAUGAUCUCACACCUGUAUUGCAUCCUAUUAGUAUUUGUGUAAAUUUAAGCAACAAUUCUGUGAAAGUGGAAAAACUGAACGAUACUGCUCCACACCAUUACAGAUCAUCCUUUUUAAUGAGCAAGUACCAAGAAAGGUACGUGUUUCCUGAAAGGCCUGUAUAUUACCCAUGCCCCACCAGUCCCCCGAGAAAUACGUGCUCCUAAAGGAUUUGUGAGUCUUGAUUGCUUUAUCCAAAAAUAAAACUUUUGAAGUACUAUUUUUUAUGAUAAAGACAAAUUGUUAUUUGACGAGAUUAGUGGAAGAACAUAUUAAACAGCAUUUUUGGAAGCAAGCGAUUUCUAAUGGAAAAGUUCUUUUGUGAAUAUUUUCUUCUUUUCUUUCCGUUUUUAACUGCAACUGGUUUCCUAAUACUCACUCAACAUAUUCUUCCACUAAACUUUUCAGUUGUAUUAGUUAAUUGACGAGAUCAGUGGAAGAACAUAUUAAACCGCAUUUUUGGAAGCAAACGAUUUCUAAUGGAGAAAACUUUUUGAGAAUAGUUUUUUCUUUUUCCUUUUCUUUCCGUUUUUGCCCUUUCUGCAACUGUUUUCCCCAUACUCAUUUAACAUGUCCUUCCACUAAGCUUUUCAGAUGUACUUGUUAAUUGACUGAAUUGUUAAGUUUAGUGGAAGAACGUCUUCAAGUCUCAUACAAAGUGCAUUUUUUGGUUGUCUGCAAAUAAAGAACAUUCAUUUAAUCAAAGCAGUUAUCAUUGGAUGAGAGAUGUUUUGUGAAUCUAAUGUUUUUGCUCAUUCUACAACUGGUUUACACACUAACUUGCUUAGCAUGUUCUUCCACUAAGCUCUACUCUUCUAUGUGUUGAAAAUAUUAUUAGUUUAGUGUUUAAUAAGCAAAAUUCACUUAUUAAACCAAAUUUAUUUAAAAGGAUUUGAAUGCUUUUUGUGAUAUGGACUGCAUAGAUCAAGAGAAAGUUGUUGAAAUGCACGUGUUUAUUUUUAAAAUUCUGUGAUAAAAAAAAAAAUCGAAACCGUUUUGAAAAGAAAAUCUGCAUAGUAAUCAAACUUACUUUGUUAUAAAUGUAUAUUUAAAUUUGUCAAUUAAUCUUUCGCGAAGUUGCAGAAUAAUUUAUCUAAAUAAAAUAAUUUCGUGAUUCAAUUGAUACCAAAAAAAUUUAUCUUAAAAUUUAAAAUUUUUCGAAAUCUUAAUUGUAGAAAGUAUAUAUAUAUAAAGCAUAAAAUUAGUAUUUUAUAAAAUUGCUAUUUGAAAAGGAGCUUAUAUUAAAAAUAGUUCUAAAUAUUAAUAUUUAUUGAAGAGAAUUUUAUGAAAGAAGUAUUGUACCAUACAUGAUUGAGACAAAUCAAAGACAAUUAUCCUUUAUUUCAUUUGAUUAACAAACAGCUUUAGAUUGCUUUUUAUGAAUACAUAUUUUGGCUUUAUUAAUAGAAUGCCAGGAUUUAUCUGCCAUGAUAAGAAUCUUCCAAAAGUUGGUUACUAAAUCAUUAGUGCUUGGCGACAUCAGAAUUUUAAUAUUGUCAUAUAAUAUCUGAAUAUAUCGAUUUUUACGAUUCAGUUAAUAUUUACAUUAUUUUCACAUUGGACCAUUCUUGCGUUACCCAAAUGAAAUUUAUUUACGUUUACGAUAAAUAUUGUAUUCUAUAAUUGUUUCAUUGAUAACAAUUGCGAUAUUAUGGCACUCGAUAUUUAUCGUUAUCAUAAUGAUCUCGUUAUUAUCGUUGUUAAUUAUUAUUGUUUAUAUUGUUAUUAUUGAUACAGUAAGACAUGAUAUUCACUAUAUAUCAUGAGAAUACAUUUUAAAAUAUCGUUAUCGCUAUCUUUAAAAAAUAUCAAUAAUUCACCAUUUAUCGCCCAGUAUUAAUGAUUUAUUACGCACGCAGUUAUUAAUAAAUAUUGCUUACUUUUUUGUCAGUACUAAUGAUUAAGUUAUCUGCUAAUG